UUCCAGGUGCUCGGCUUACGUCGGCUUGAUCUCUCCAACAACAAUCUCACCUCCUUCGAGGUAGCGCCCAACUGCCUGCGAUCGCUUGAAGCACUCGAUCUGAGUGGAAAUCAUUUCACUGUGGUGCCCACUUCACUAUGGGAUUCAUUGGAGUCGCUGAGUACGCUGGAUAUCUCAGGAAAUCCACUCAACUGCGAUUGCUCGUUGCAGCCAUUCUCGACGAUAGCCAAGCAGGAGAAGUACAGCUUCCUGAACCAGCUUCCCAAGUACACAUUCAGACUUCGAAGAUUAUUUGGAAUUAUAUUAAGU